AUGGAUGAAACUGACAAUAUUGUAAUAGAAGAUAAUUGCCCGAUAGGAGAAAACGAUGACAAUGAAGUGGUGUACCCAAAACAGAAAGUUACGCAGAGAAGUGCGAUUUAUGAACAUGGAUUUGAGACAGAAGGCGGAUAUAGUAUCCGUGAAGGCAAUACUUCCAAAGUUAAGCAUGAGGAAUCUGAUUUCCCGGAGUCUGCAUUAACAACAAAACAUCAUGGAGAAGUAUUUGUAGAGAGGACAUGUUCGCAUUUUGAAAUAAGUAAAGACGAAAAUUUUGGUGCUGACGAGUUUGAUGCCACUGGUGAAGAUAUUCAAGAAAAUCAAUGUAGUGAUGAAAGUAAUGCUGAGAACGUCAUUGAGUUAAAGCAAAGCUCAUCGGAGAUAUCUCAAAAUAAGGUUGUGGAAGCCACGCAUGAUGGUCCUGAAACAGCAGAAAUUCGAAGUGUUUAUAAUGCUGGAAAAUCUCAUUCACAAGGUCCGAAACAUUAUAUCCCUCCAGGUUGGGUUUAUCAUGGCGAAAGUGACGGGCAUCGAUAUUAUAUAGGUUGUGCAGGAGAGAUGUAUUCAGUGGACAGAGAUGGUUACUGGUACAUGCAGGAUAGCAGCGGCAAUUUCAUCCCAUACAACGGUUACCAAUAUAAUCGCGGAGCGCACAGCUCCUUGUUUCCACGUGAUAGUCAAGGACGGUUUAUUUUACCAACCAAUGCACGUGGUGAAAAAGCUUUUCCAGUGGAUACAAAUAACAUGCCAAUUUUUCCGUUCGACACAAUGACUCAUUUACCUACUUUUCCUGUAGAUGAAAAUGGGCAACCCGUAUUUCCAACUAGUGCUCUCGGAAGACCCAUUGUACCGGUCGAUACAAACGGCCUGGCUAUAUUUCCUCGUGACGCAAAUGGUCGGUUCAUAUUUCCGUCUGGACCGAAUGGCAAGCCUACAGCACCUGUAAACAUCUAUGGGAUCCCAGUAAUGCCGUUGGAUGAACAAGGCAAACCAGUAGUACCUUACGAUGCGAGUGGAAUACCUCUCAUUCAUUUGGCCAGUGAUGGUAGUUUUGUCAUCCGUGUUUCUGUGUUUUUUAUCAUGAAAGAUUUCAGCUUAUUUUUAGCCUUUUCAGUCUACGGUAUAACUCCUCUUACCGAAGAAGAAUACCAGUACUCUUUGCAGUGGAACUACUAUUACAGCCGUUACUAUAAGAAUACUGCAGAACAAGCCUUCACAAUAGGAACUGUUGGAAAUGAGUCAUUCUCUAAUUUGACGUUACCCAACCGCUGCUGUUCUAGCACUUCAAAAAUAAGCGGUUCAAGUCAGUCUGUGGCACAGCUGACGACUACGGAUGAUACGUAUGAACAAAAAGCGAAGAAUAUGAAAUUGCUGAAAAAGGUUCGGCCUGAGGACAUCGAUUUGCCACCAUGCGUGCCACCUCCACCAUCAACACAGCCUUCAGCUUUAGUUUCGGAUGGAUCAGCUUUAUCUGAAGUGGAGAAAAAAACACCUGAUCCUGCUUUGAAAGCAAAGACCAAAAAAAUGAUUGAAAUGCAGCUAAAAUUCUCACGCAAAAAGUUACGUGAUGCAAUUAAUUCUUCAGUUGCAGUACUGCCCUCCAGUGAAAUAAUGAACACAUCCGUUGAGCAUGCACCGCAACAACCGAGCGACUCACCGGAAAAUAUUGACAAAAUAGAAUCACCAAAAGAAUGUCCUCCUCCUCCUCCGAUUCAUGUUCCAACUCCAGAUCCGCCUAUACGAGCAGAACCUGAUAAUAAUAUGGGAAUCAAGAAACCAUUCAAUGUAGCAGUCGAUGGCACGCCGAAAUCACUGGAUUCACAGGUCAUCCAAAAAUUAAACAGAGAUUCUAAUGGUGAUUCCGGAAUAAUGGAGACAUUGACGGAACCCAUUCCAAUCAUUCUAAAUGUAUCAGACACUGCAGUCAAAACAUCAGUUGAUAUCACGAUGAAUUUUGAAAAUCCGAAAUUGUUUUCGGAAGCGAAAGUUGAUGAAUGUAUCUCUGGAUUGAAAGAUGGAGAAAUUACUUCUGGAAAGCAGCCAGAACUUGCCUUGACAGAUGUUGCAGUUAAAUCGAAUAUUGCUUUGGGAAAGCAACCUCACGAUAAAAAAGAUAUUGAGGAAGAAAAGAUGGGAACAAAAACUCGAUCACCUGUUGGUAAUAAUUGUGAGUCAAAAUUGGAGAAUCAGAUAUUGCAAAAGCAUGAUGAUAAGAAUGAAUCUAUUUCGGCUUCACAUGAAAAACGUUCUGAGAAAAAAAUUCAUCAUCGUAAUGGGACGAAAGAUAAAAGAAGACGAAGAAGUGGGAGCAGAGAUCGACAUUCACGAAGUCGAUCGUUAUAUCGUGAUUCACAUCAUAGAAGCCGUUCCCGAGGGGCAAAACAUGGAAGUCGAACUCGAAGUCGUACACCACGUGAUUAUUACUAUCAUAGCAAAUAUCGUUCUCGAAGUCGAGAUCGAUUCUAUAGAUACGAGGGUUUUUCCUACGACCGUCGUAGUUAUCGACGUUAUUGGACACCUGAUGCUGAAGAUAGAUAUUCGUAUCGAAGACGACACUCCUCAUCUAGAGGCAGAUCAUCAAGACAUGAAAGGAGUGCAAGCCGAGACAUAACACCAACAGCUGACAAAUCAAGCAGAAGCCAUAGUUAUUAUGAGCGAUCAAAAAGUCGUACUGAAUCACCAAUUGUUUCACGGCAUUCUUCUGGCGCACGUUCGAUUUCUCAAUGUAAGACCACGGAUAGUCGCAAUCGAAGCUCCAGUUGUCGUAAUUCUCCGGAAUAUGAUAUUCCACAAAUAGAACGUGAAUCCGAAAAGUCGCCUUUGCAACGAACUGAAAAUCUGGAAUCCAUUGACAGUGCAACUAAUAUGCACAAAUCAUUUCAUCAUUCAGCAAGUCCUCGCAGAGAAAAGAAUUUGGUAAAAGGCCUCGAAGUUAGAGCUGAGAAACUAAAGAAACACAAGAAAACAAAAGAAAGGCAUAGAAAAAGAAAAAAGAGUCACCACAGGAAAAAGGAUAAGAAAAAGCCAAGUCCGGCUGAAAGCGAAUUAGAUGAGAAAUGUAAAGCGUCAUCAGUACUGUUGAAAGAAAUAGAUUUGGAUCUGAAUGCAUUGAGACAAUUAGCAGAUGAAGGAACAGAAGAAACAGGUGCCAACAGAAAAAAAGAAUCCAUUGAUUGUAAAAAUGAAAGGAUGAAAAAGAAGAAGGAGAAAAAAAAGAAGAAAGAGCGUCGCAAUACUAGCACGGAAAAAAAUGACGUCACAAAAAAGGCCUCACGCGAAACAUUGGAAGAUGGCGAAAUCAUCACCGGGAAAGACAUGUCACCAAAAGCGAGGGAAAAAGUAGUUAAUUAUGGUACAUCUGAGUCAGAAGAAGAAAAAAAUAGUACGGAGGGACCGAAAAACCCUGCUGAACAGCUAAUCGAAAAUUAUAAUACAAAAGGUGUUCCUCCAACGAUAAAAUUAACAGCGAACUCUAAAGCGACAGAAAAUUCUACCAAAUUUGAAGAGGAUGCUGGCAUUAUUCGGUCGUCGGUUUUGUCGUUUGGUUUUGUUGAUGAAUUACUGAAGGUUCCUGCAAAUAUUGCCAAUAUGUCAAAGUUCGAAAAGAGCGUGAAAUCAGAUUAUGAACCGAUAAAUCCUAAGAGAGAAACGAAGAUUACAGUGGACCUCGAAGACGAUGGGAUUUCCAGUAAACUUAAAGAUUCGACCAUCGAUUUCAACGAAAUUACUGCUCGAGAAGCAGAAAAACUAAAAGCGGGUAAUAUCACGGAAGCAAUGAAUAAAUUGAAGGAACUGCGUGGGUAUGUCACAUCGAAAGUGACAGUUUCAAAUUCGGCCACUGAAACGGAAGUAAUAAAACAAUUUAACAGAGCAACUGGCAAUGAUUCCACAUUUGUUGGCCAUAGUUUAGUCAAUGUUCCGUUACCAAAAGGAAUGCAAGUAGCAGUUGAUGUUACUGAACGAGUUGGACAAACUGCGACAUCUAAAGUUCGAACCCAAGAAGCAUGUACAAGUGCUAAGAUCGAUUUGAUGGAUAGAGAUGUGAGGAGAAAAAAAGAAAUGCUUAAACGAAAAUGGGAAGAAGAUGAAGAAGAUGAGUUGAGCAGAUUAAGAUAUGAAGCAUUGCGAAGCAAAACGCGAAGGUUAAUGAAUGAUCUAAAAGCUGAACGGCGUCGCUUAAAAAGAGAGCGCCUGCGUGCUACCAUCGCAAUGCGACGAGCUCGUGAACGAUCGGUUGGUGCUAGUGUUGAUGAGAUUUUGCUUGCCGAUACUUCCGAUAGCAGCGAAACAGAUGAUUCCGAAGAUUAUUCAUCCUCACAUAAAGCCAUCCAGCUGGCCGGUUGA